AUGGCAGACGAGGGCGAGGGAAAUCUCGCCGAAGAGAGAAAUCAGAUCAAGCAGCUGCAGUCAGACAUCGCUCGGAAACGCGAGCAGCUAGAACGUCUGAAGCAGCGCAAAAUUGCCUUUGAUGAGGAGCUCAAGCAGCGAAAUACAGAGCUGAGCAUUAUCAAGGAAGAGCACAAGUCCACCCAGAAAAAGGCACUGAAGACUUCGCAGUAUGGCGACGCACAGAAGAAAGCCGAGGCGGAGAGCCACUUCAUGUCGGAGCAAGUCCACAGCUUCCUCCAGGAUCGAAUUCCAGCUAUGGCGCCCUCACAAGAAGAGCCGGAUGGAGUUGAUCAAGGCGCCGCAGACUUCAAAGAGAACGUGGGCGAGGAUCCGAACAAGCAGAACCUGCACGACACCGUCCUCGUCAGCUAUGUGAACUUGUCUGGCGACAAGAAGGACGACGACUACAAGGUCACAUAUCGAAUUGAUGGGUCCAUCACGGUCGCGGAUUUGUUGAAAGAUGCUUGCAGCUACUGGGGGUGUUCAAGGCAUGACUACACACUUUGCAAGAUUGACAACGACGAGCCCAAGGACCUGGCCGGCAACAUGGACGAUCACCUGCAGGAUGAAGCUAUCCUCAGCCCGCAGGAGCAUUCCCAUCUGCACCUGGUCCGCAAAGCCGACAUGGACAUCUUCAAGGAUCGUCCUCGACAAAAAGAUCGGAAGUCCGAGGUGCAGGAAGACCUGGCUGAGGAGGGGAAGAAGCUCAUGACUCUCAAGCUCGGUCUCGGAAAUGUCGCGGCCGAGCAUGUGACCGAGCCCUUCGUAGAAGCCCUCAAAGCCUGGCCAGGCGUCUACAAGCUACUGAAGAAGCGGAACAGGAAGCACGACAUGCAGAAGUGGUUAAGGACCAGAUUAGCUGACUUCCUCGUCUUCGGAGUCCUCAUCAUCUUCAGCAUUGCGUGCUUCUUCUUGCGCUCGGAGAUUGAAAACUACCUCCUCAGGUUUGGCGUGGAGAAUGCCCUGGUGGUGGGAAUCCCGAACGAGACUUCGACGGGAAUCUUUCUGGAGAUGGAGGAUGUCUCGACCGUGGGAGCGGCAGAACAAUACCUCCGAGGGUGCUUCGACUAUCAGCUCUUCAACCCGCAGUCCACACUACGCAAGUUCUACACGCCGGUGGGUGACAUGCGCUUCCGCGUGCAGAAGGCGGCCUUGAAGACCUGCACUCGCCCCGAGAUUCCAGCCACCUUCGCGCGGAGCUGCAGAUAUGUCGAGGUCUCGAGCUCCACGCAGGACGAGAAGGAAUUGCUUUUUGACGAUGACACGCUCCCAGAAUUGGCGCAACUCCUCAUGAAUGUGUCCGGAAAUCCCACGACGUUCAGCAAAUCCACAGUGGCCACGGACGAGAUCUGGGGGAAAAACGGAGCUCUGUACAGCGGCUCUGGAUAUAGCUUCUGGUUCCCCAUCAACCCAUCCAACCUCGCCAACGUGACGACGAAGAUGGGCGAAUUAGAUUGGCUUUGGCCGCAGUGGCUUACCGGCGACACACGAAUGCUGGCCGUGGAGUUCACCCUCGCCAAUUACCAUGCAGGUGGAUACGUGUCAACUGUUUUGCUGCUUGAAAUCUUUCCAUCCGGCGCAUCGCGCUUCACUGCAGUGCUGCUACCCUUCCAUCUGGCAAAGACGUCUGGCGACAUCACCGCUGAUGUUCUGGAUAUUUUCCGCUGGAUCAUCAUCAUCGGCUAUCUUUGUCUUUACAAGGUCUGGCGCACGUGUGAGGACUAUGUGCGGGAUGGCUACUCCGGGUUGCGGUAUGUGCUUUCGCCCGCAGGCGUGCUGGAUGCGGCCUCCAUCGGAUUGUUCAUAGCGCUUCAGUACUGGCGCUCCAGCAAAGUGAAGCCUGUGGAGCCCAUGAGUUCGAGCAACAGCCAGCACUUCGUUUCCUACAGCCGCUGGGCUUCGUGGGAGGAAAUGGCGGCGAUAGGUGAGGCAGUCUUAGUGUUCCUUCUCAUCGUCAGGUACACCACGUUGCUUCGAUUUUAUCCUCCUGUGUACCGAUUCUUCGUGCUCUUCAGCAAGUCAUUCCGGGUGGGCUUGUACUACUUGGCCAUCUUCGUGCCGGUCGCAGCAUCGACAAUCUUUUUCGCCAACUGCCUGUAUGGCCCGUAUGUCGAAGCCUACAGCACCUGGGUGAAGUCGUUGAUGAGCUUUGUGUCUGUGCUGCAAAACGUGGUCGACAUCGACGCCUUGUACGAAGCUAGCCCGGUCUGGACGCUGUUCUAUGUGACCUACUGCUACUUGGUACUCUUUUGCUUCUUUGUUAACGGCUUCCUGGCCAUCACAGCCUAUGCGUACUUCGAAGUGGAGCUCACAGAGCAUUCCGAUCCGAAGUACGAGAGAUGGAGCCCAUCUUCCUGGUUUCAGAACUUAGAUGCGCUCGCGAAAUCUUGCUGCUAUCCUCUCGACACUUGCAAGCCAUAG